UGGGACACGUCAACGGCUGCAGGCUUUCCUCGCUGUUCUGAAGGCGGUCGCUGAAGUGAGGCGGCGGCCUUGUCACGUCGCUUUCCCCGUCUGUAGGCAGAGACGGAGAACAGCUGACUUGGAGACGACUGGAUGGCGGAUGCUGUGUUCCGGGCGGCCUCAUACGAGCGGCAGCAGGUGACCAGGUCCUGGAGAGGGGCACCUGAGUCCAUAGAGAUGAGGCGUUGAAUGAGCUCCUCCUCUCUGAUGCCCAUGAGCAAAACCAUCUUCAGCUGGGUCUCAGCACAAGUCACUGGAUCACCGGAGCAAAGGUCGACCUCUUCAGCAAGGUUUUUCAGGCGGACAUAGAAAUCAGAAAAAGACUCACCCACUGCCUGUUUGCAGCACAGGAGUUCACGGCGGCGGAGAGCCUCGUUACGUUGACUCUUGAAAUGGGAUUGCAACACAUCGAGGACUUCAUCCACGGCUAACAGUGUGUCAGGAGCGAUCCCGAGAGUGUGUUCAAGAGUCCUCUGAACUUCCAAGGAAACACGUACUAACUGGAGUAUGUGUAUUCAAGCAGAGGAACACAGAGAAAGCCUUGGAAGGACCCCCGUACGCCUGCCUGCCUUGGAGACGCCAGCAAGAUUGAGGCUUACGUAGGGUUGCCAGGCGUACGAUAAUCAGAGGUACAGGGAAUACAUAUGAUAUAUUACAUUACAUACUCACAAGAGGGUGUUUUUCUCUUCCUCUUUUGCCAGUAGACAAGAUUGAGGAGGGUCUGCAGUUUUUCAAACUCUAAACCACAAAUUCCCAAACAACAAGCUGCUGUGGACAGCCUUGUAGAGUAUUACAACAACUUUUGGUUGAGACGGAUUGGCGUGGACAGGUUGUCUGUGUGGGGACAAGUGCACAGAACAAAUAAUUCAUGCGAGUCAUAUCAUGCUGUUAUGUCAAAGGAUUUGAAGCCCAAGACAAGGUUUUGGACCUUCAUUGAGUACAUCAAGAGAAAAGCUCUGCGAUUCGAGCUGGAUGUAGUCAGAAUUGCAAAUGGUGUAUCUGUCACACGGCAGCAGGGGAAAACAAUGGCACAGCAGAGGAUCGAGAAAGCUAACAGAGAGUUGCUUGCUGGUGGAACUGUUGAGGCUUUCAUAAAGCACACGCGUUACCUCGGCAUGAAGAAGAGGAUCCUCAGAACCGACGAAGAAAGGCAGCAGCAAGUUGUACAGGUUGGGAAUGAGACUGAGGCUGAAGAGACUGACGAUGUACAGCCUCAUCCUGAACCUGAACCUUUACUUGAAGAGGAGCCAGAGACUGUCUACCAUUCCCCCAUUCACCAUUCCAGGCGUAGCCGCCCACGUGAAGCAGCAGCCCCCUAUACACCACCAAGAACACGAAUGGCAGCAUCUCGCCAAGCCAGAACUGAGCAGUCAGAUGACAAGGAACCAGGACCAUCAACUCUGCAAUCAACUAGUGACAAAGCUGACUGUGUGGUCUGCUACAGUGCCUCUGUGAAUAAGAAAGAGCCAAUCUGCCUGUUUCCCUGCGGUUACACAACUGUCUGCCUUAGAUGUGUCACAAUUAUAAAUAGCUCUACUUGUAAACAUUGCCCCAUUUGCAGAACAGAAAUUGUACAGUAAUAUGUACUCAGAGGAAUUUUAUUGAAAUAAAGUCCUUGAUCAAAUAUAGAAAUAAACUUUUUUCGAUAUUCCUGAAGUCUACCUGUUAACAAUUUUGAAACAAACUUAUUACCAAGUAUGUGUUACC